CAUUUAAACUGAGCACUUGAUGCAAAGCAGCAUCAGAAGAUCUUUAAAGUUAAUACAGCAAAUUAUCACUGUAGUCUUGAUUUCAACUGUUUUUAAGUUCCGGUCCAAGUAAGAACCUCUGUUUCCAUUGUGUUGCACAUUUUACCAACAAAAAUCUAUUUUUUUUCUUUUUUCAGUUAAGGAUUUCCAUAUUUUUUUUUUCAUUACUUGAGAUGCUUUCUUUGAGCUGGUUUUAAAUUUGUGUUUCGAAAUAACUGUGUAUUGCUAUUAUUAUUUUUUUUAGUAGUUUGCAUAAUUUACCAGCACUUUAAUGUUAAAGACCCUGGUGAUAAUACAACGAAAGCUUAGCUCGUUACUAUGAUGGUGUAGUAGGGAUAAGAUUUUGUUACGUUAGGUUAAGAUUUGGGAAAACAUUAAAGUUAUGUUUCUUAAUGUUACGGGAAUGGUCAGACUGAAUGAAUGUUUGGAAGAAUAAAAACAGGCUGGUGGGAGAAUAAACUUUUUCCUUUUUUUUUUUUUUUUCCUGAAAAGACAUUACUAGUACUUGUUACGGUUUUUUGGGUAAAGUACAUUUCAUGUUUUGUGGUGAUUUUAUCUCAUUAUUUUAUCUCCCAUAUAUACUAGGUGCUUUCAUUUGCCACCAAACCCUUUUUUUUUUUUUUACUAUUUUAGUUGUUAGGCUAGCCCACGAUGUGAGAUUUAUGACUAAUGUAGACCUGCAUAUUCAGCAUGAAUCUCUUUAAUUGAUUGCAGUUGAACUAGAUGGUGGAGCCAAAAUGCUAUUGCCCUGUCUUCAUCAACAGUUAAAUCAUGUUGCAGCUAUAGAAUCAUGGGGGGAAAACAAUCUGGAUAACAUGAAAGUGAUGCUGGUGGCUACGGGAAGGCGACUAGAUUCUGUGGGAAGGGAUACAGCUGAUUCACCUGUUUUCUAGAUUUGAGUAUGAGCACAGUUGAAGAGGAUUCUGACACAGUAACAGUAGAAACUGUGAACUCUGUAACUUUGACUCGGGACACAGACGGGACCCUCAUUCUUCAUUGCCCUCAGAAUGAAGCUGAUGAAAUAGACUCAGAAGAUAGUACUGAACCUCUGCAUAAAAGGCUUUGUCUGUCUUCUGAGGAUGAUCAGAGUAUUGAUGAUUCUGCUCCUUGCAUAUCAGUUGUUGCACUUCCACUUUCAGAAAAUGAUCAGAGCUUUGAGGUGACCAUGACUGCAACCACAGAGGUGGCAGAUGAUGAGAUUACUGAGGGAACUGUGACACAGAUUCAGAUUCUACAGAAUGAGCAACUAGAUGAAAUAUCUUCCUUGGGUAACGAGGAAGUUUCAGCAGUUAGCCAAGCAUGGUUUACAACUAAAGAAGAUAAGGAUUCUCUGACUAACAAAGGACAUAAAUGGAAGCAGGGGAUGUGGUCCAAGGAAGAAAUUGAUAUUUUGAUGAACAAUAUUGAACGCUACCUGAAGGCACGCGGAAUAAAAGAUGCUACAGAAAUCAUCUUUGAGAUGUCAAAAGAUGAAAGAAAAGAUUUCUACAGGACGAUAGCAUGGGGUCUGAACCGGCCUUUGUUUGCAGUUUAUAGAAGAGUGCUUCGCAUGUAUGAUGACAGAAACCAUGUGGGAAAAUAUACACCUGAAGAAAUUGAGAAGCUCAAGGAGCUCCGGAUAAAGCAUGGCAAUGACUGGGCAACAAUAGGGGCGGCGCUAGGAAGAAGUGCAUCUUCCGUCAAAGAUCGGUGCCGGCUGAUGAAGGAUACUUGCAACACAGGGAAGUGGACCGAAGAAGAAGAAAAGAGACUUGCAGAGGUGGUUCAUGAAUUGACCAGCACUGAGCCAGGUGACAUUGUCACACAGGGUGUGUCUUGGGCAGCUGUGGCAGAACGAGUAGGUACCCGCUCAGAAAAGCAGUGUCGUUCUAAAUGGCUCAACUACCUGAACUGGAAGCAGAGUGGAGGGACUGAGUGGACCAAGGAAGAUGAAAUCAAUCUCAUCCUCAGGAUAGCAGAACUUGAUGUAGCUGAUGAAAAUGACAUAAACUGGGAUCUGUUAGCAGAGGGAUGGAGCAGUGUCCGCUCACCACAGUGGCUUCGAAGUAAAUGGUGGACCAUCAAAAGGCAAAUUGCAAACCAUAAAGAUGUUUCAUUCCCUGUCUUAAUAAAAGGUCUUAAACAGUUACAUGAGAAUCAAAAAAACAACCCACCGCUUUUGGAGAACAAAUCGGGAUCUGGAGUUCCAAACAGUAAUUCCAGUUCUAGUGUACAGCACGUUCAGAUCAGAGUGGCCCGCUUGGAAGACAAUACAGCUCUCUCUCCAAGCCCCAUGGCAGCCUUGCAGAUUCCUGUCCAGAUCACCCAUGUCUCUUCAACAGACUCCCCUGCUGCUCCAGUUGACUCGGAAACAAUAACACUAAACAGUGGGACACUACAAACGUUUGAGAUCCUUCCAUCUUUCCAUUUACAGCCCACUGGGACUCCAGGUACCUACCUGCUUCAGACAAGCUCAAGCCAAGGCCUUCCCCUCACUCUGACUGCUAGUCCCACAGUAACCCUGACGGCUGCUGCGCCUGCUUCUCCUGAACAGAUCAUUGUCCAUGCUUUAUCUCCAGAGCAUUUGUUGAACACAAGUGACAAUGUCACAGUGCAGUGUCACACACCGAGAGUCAUCAUUCAGACAGUUGCCUCAGAGGACAUCACUUCUUCCAUAUCCCAAGCAGAACUGACAGUAGAUAAUGAUAUUCACUCAUCCGAUUUUCCUGAGCCUCCAGAUGCCCUGGAAGCAGAUACUUUCCCAGAUGAAAUUCAUCAGCCUAAGGUGACUGUAGAGCCAUCAUUUAAUGAUGCUCGUGUAUCCAAAUUCAGUGACCAAAAUAGCACAGAACUGAUGAAUAGUGUUAUGGUCAGAACAGAAGACCUUAAACAAGAGGAAGAAUCACACUCUCAUUUGGCCUGUACUUACGUUACUGAGGAUUUAGAGUCUCCUACUAUAGAAGAACAAGUUGAUCAAACAACAAUUGAUGAUGAAACAAUACUUAUUGUUCCUUCACCACAUGGCUUUAUCCAGGCAUCUGAUGUUAUAGAUACGGAAUCUGUCUUGCCGUUGACAACACUAACAGAUCCCAUAUUCCAACAUCAUCGAGAAGAAUCAAAUAUCAUUGGGUCAUCUUUGGGCAGUCCUAUUUCAGAAGACUCAAAGGAUGUUGAAGAUUUGGUAAACUGUCAUUAGGUAAUUCUUAAAAACAGGUAGUUCAGGCAAAGAAGCCACACUGUUAACUACAACAUCCCCAAAGAAAUAGGAGCAAUCCCCAGGAGGCUUAAUUUACCAUUCCUCUGGCUUUUAAAUACAUACAGUGCUUAAGCCAUGAAGUGUUGCUGCUAUGACUUUUUACCUCCUUUAAAUAUGUCAUCUGAGGUCUAGUCUUAUGGAAAUAUAGUAUGGGAGGUCUUAAGUCCAUAGAUCCCUGUGGUAAGUGCCAUCUAUUAGCAGGGAAUUUUAUUCACUUCAGCCACUGAGAAGAGUUUUGAAUCACCAAAGUUUCACUACUAUGUUUUAAAAAUGGUGUAAUAUUCAUCUCUGAUGAUCAAAUAUGAAUCUCUGACUAGUCCCAAGUAAACCUGUUUUAUAUUUCAUCAGCAUGGUCUGGAGUUACCAGUGACCUUCUUCAAAAAGAGAAUCAUUAGCUUGAGACUGACCAGUAGACAAGGACACGGACCUAGGAGAUGAUUAUGCUGCAGUUUCCUUUGGUUUUACUGAUUGCUGGCAUUGGGAGCUGAGUCAAGCUGGGUAGAGAAGAAAGCAUUAAGAGAUAAAAAUAUUCACUACAGGAUUUUUUUUAUUAUUAUUACUUUAAAGGAACUAUGGAUAGUGGUUGUGUCAAAACACAGUUUUCACUUCUUCAGAACCCAUUGUCAUCAGUUUACAAAAUUAGCACUUUGAAGUAAAAUGAAAUGGGAAGGAAGUUCCCUGUCCUAUAUUAUGACCAUUUCUUACGUAUUUUGCAAUAUAAAGUACCCCGAAAAUAAUUAAGGAGGGUAUCAGAGUUUGCUGUUCACUUAGUGCAUUAGCUGGUGAGGGUGUGAUAAAAUUUCUCCCUCUCGGGCAAUUUAAAAAACAAAAUUUGCUUCUGUAAUGAAAUGAAACAAAUUAAGAGUCAUUCCUGUACUAGAAAAGGUUAAACCAAAACUAGCCUCUUAAAGCUUUAACAUAUAUGACUCUAUAGAAAAGUAAACAAAAAAAAAAAAAACCUUGUAUAAAUUAUUUUAUUUAUUAUUGUAAUUAGAUCUUCACAAUCAAAUUGUCUUUUCACCCGUCUGUUUUGUUAAUGUGAAAACAAAUUGUACUUUUAAGCAAGAGUUGGUUGCCUAGGGAACAAUAAUUGUAUAUUCAGUUUAACAGAAAUAAAAGAAUAUUUGUCUUAAAAUGCAAGAUUGAUUGUUACAUAGCCUUUCGCCAUGCGUUACAUUAUAAAAAAUUUCAAUUUCAAAAGUGAAAAUCAUUUGUGCUGUUUGAGCUUUAAGGGUUGGAAUGUGGAAUGUUUAAGUGCAACAUCAGCUCCUUAAAAAAGCAAAGUGAUCUAUAUAAUGUCUCCCCUGCAAAAGGGGAUUUAGAUUUACAAUUAACAUGAAAAUCAUGUAUCAGACUUGUGCAGGAGAUUCUUCAGCAUACCUUAUCCAGCUUUUAUUCACAGUCCUAAUGUAUAGCUUUGAAGAGACCUGGUAAGUAUUUUCUCCUUGGCAGCCUCACUUUCCCACAUCAUGGAAGUACAGGUUUGCACAUAUACAUAACAUGGUGAUAGAAAAUAAGUUAUAGUAAAUUAGGUUUCUAAAUUUCGGUUCUAAGUCUCCUUGUCGAUACCAGUAGAUCUAAAAGAAGAAGAAUUAAA